CGUCAGUCUUCACUCCCAGAUCAGUCUUCACUGCGCCAACUGGGAACGACUCAGGAAGAUGCUGGGGGUGAAUCGUUCCGUGGCGAUCGACGCUGUGGGAACGACGCUUCGCAGCUACAUGCAGGAGCUGAGGAUCCAGGGGCUCAACAGCUUCGUCGCAGGAAGUCUUGCAUUACUGGGUUCAGGCCAACAUAUCACCGGCGCUGCCGCCUUUGCAAACCUGAGCUUCGCGGUGCGGCUGCAGGCGCAGGUCCGCUCGGUGGACCCAUCGAAGAUGAAACAAGCGACGCCGCUCCUGGAAACCUUCGAGGUUCAACUACACUUGGGCAGUGUAACAGCACGAGCUGAGAUUUUGGCCAUGGUCUCGCAAGAAGCUGUGGACAAGAUGCAGGUGGAUCAAUUUCAGGAAUUCGAUUGCUUGGUGGCCUGCGCUCGCAGCGGAGCUGCGUUGGGCUCCGAGGCGCCGGUGGCCUUGCGGCGCUUGCAGAUCCUGAACAUGACGGCGCCCACGGCCAGGGUCCUGCCAAGAGGAUCUUUAGAUGUUGGACUGGCCGAUCUGUGCACCACUCUUUUGCGAGUGAUUUUGCAUGGCUAUGUGCCUUCCUUCGAAGCCAUCAUCCAGUCCUCGGUCACCAUGUUGCACGAUGCCAUGAACUCCGUGGUGAAACAGGUCUUGGAAGUGCAACCUCCCUGUGAACAGACUGAAGUGUAUUUUGGUCCUGAGAGCCGUGUCAACCUCGCGCUUUUGCUCCUGGCCUCCUUGACGGCAUUGCUGGGUCUUUUGGCUGCUUCGCCUUUUUGGUCGACCUUUGCAUGGUGGGACGUUGGCAAAGUGGAGGAUGAAGAGGAAUCCUCCCAACAACUGUCACAUGCACAGGAGUCACCAUCCCUAGCCAGACAUCCAGCUGUGUCCCAGAGCUUGUCGAAAGCCUUUCCCUUCUUCAUUGUCUCAACAAUGAUCCUCUUUGUUUUCUCGGACCUUGGCUUGGGCACUGUGGUGAACAUCGUCUUUGAAGCGCAGGGUGAAACCACCACCAUUGGCCCAGCCUUUUCUUUCUCAGUCUUGACACUCUCCAGAGAUAGCCUGAAAGGAGGAGCCUGGCUUAUCGCCAUCUUAGUGAUUGGGCUGAGCGGAGUGUGGCCUUUUGUGAAGCUGGGCAUGUUGCUUUGGGCGUGGCUGGCGCCCACAAGGUCCUUGAGGAGAAGCCAGAGGACCCAGCUACUGGUGUUUUUGGAUGAGUAUGGCAAGUACAGUUUAGUGGACAGCUGGCUGGCCAUUUUGGCGUUGUGCGCCUUCGACAUCAAAUGGAAGAGCGAGGAGGCUUCCGUGAAUGUGAUGCCAGUUCCAAUGCUUCCCUUUUUCACCUUCGUUGUGGCCAGCGUGUUUUCCUUGGUCUUGGGCCAUGUGGCAACUGUCUACAACCGGAGGUCUUUAGCUGUGGCGCCAUUACCCAGAUCGCUCAGCCGGGAAUUACAGGAAGAAGAACUUCAUGUGCUCUUCGAAGAUCUUCCACUCAGACAAUCAUGGCAACUCUUGCUUUUGACCCUUUUCUCUGGACUCAGUUUGCUGGUGUCGUGUUUCCUAAGCACCAUCCAAUACCAAGUCUCAGGUGUGAUUGCUGAUUUGUUGCUCGAGGAGGAACAGAAAGAACUCUCAUAUAGUUUGAUCACACUGGGGAGUUUCCUCACCACAGGCUUUGAAGCUUCAACAGGCCUGCGAACGGUCCAGUUCAUUUUCUUUUCCUUUACCGUGGCCAUCCCGCUGGCACUCGUGGGCACCCUACUGGCCUUGCUCCUUUGGCCUAUGACUCGGCCUCAGCAAAAGCGUUUGCUGAAGGCUUGUCAUGUCCUGGAUGCUUGGGCUGCAUUCGAUGUCUUUGUCCUGGCAGUGGUGGUGGCCAACUUUGAGUUCUGGCUCUUGACAGAAUUCCUGAUGUAUCAUGAUAAUAUUGCCGCCGCAUGCCACUGGGUUCACCAGAACUUAAACGCGGAAUGUUUGGCCAUGCAAUGUCACGUGCUCCCGGGAUUUAUUCUGAUGGCAUUUGCUGGGAUUGCUUCAUAUCUCACUCCAAAGAUCUACUUUCAGCUUUGUGAAGGUACCAUCGAAGAGAGAGUACUUUCCUCGUCGGAUUCUGAAGAAGAGCCGCUUCAGACGCUUCAGAAGUUGUGACGUGCGCCAAAACA